GAAAACCAUCCGUACACAAGCUAUAUAGCCAAAGUUAAAAAGGAUUAUUUCAUGUUUUUUAAUCUCAAUGGACUCUCAGAUUUUGAAAUUCUCACCAAUUAUUCCUUCAAGAAAUCUGAUUCUCAGCUCCAAAAAAUCAGUUAAUAUUCAUGGCCUGUCCAAUACCCAAUUCAGGGUUGCAGGAGCAGGGUCCGUUCAGAAGUCAGAGGAGGAAUGGCGUGUCGUUCUCUCCCCUGACCAAUUCCGCAUUUUGAGGCAGAAAGGCACAGAGAAUCCAGGGAGUGGGGAGUAUAACAAAUUUUUUGGUGUAGGCACCUACCUCUGUGCUGGUUGUGGCACUCCCCUCUACAGAUCCGCAACCAAAUUCAACUCACCAUGUGGCUGGCCUUCUUUUUAUGAGGGUCUCCCCGGGGCCAUAAAUCGCAAUCCAGACCCAGAUGGCAUAAGGAUGGAGAUAACUUGUGCUGCUUGUGGAGGCCAUCUUGGUCAUGUUUUUAAAGGUGAAGGGUUUCGUACCCCUACAAAUGAACGCCAUUGUGUCAACAGUACAUCCCUCAAGUUCAAACCACCACAAUUUUCUUAAUGCCCUCCUCCUGACUAUAUAUGCGAUGAUUAUAUUUUCUCACAUAUAAUCGUCCUGACUAUGGAGAACUUAUAUCUAAUAGUCCAUUUUUUCAUGUAGCUUAGCAUCUUCCUGUUAGUCUGUGUAUUAGGUGAAAAUGUAAAGUGAUAUUUUGUUUGUAAUUUUGAUCUGUAUAUGCCGGAUGCUUGUCUUGAAGAUAAGUAAAGAGAUAGUAUGAUGCAUUAAUUGGUUGUAGAUAUACUGGAUGCCUACAUGAAUCAAACAAGUAUAUAAAGACAGUAAGAGAAGUAAAAAUCCUGCACCAGCUAGAAAGCAGUGGUGCAAGCAUACAUAUGACUUUCACACAGAAAUAAGAGGGAGAAAUUGUGAAAGCAAUGGUCGCUUAUUCUGCUAUCCCAAUGUGGAUGGAAAAGAGAUGUUUUCUUCUUUCAGCUUUCAGUUGGAGCCAAAGUCAUCUCCCAAAUUUAACUGAUCAACAUAUAUGUGUGGAAUAUGAGCUAUUUUUCGCCAUUCCACUCGGGAAAUAGCAAUAGAACUUUUCCAGACAUUUGUAAUUCGUGGUCUAAUUAGACAAAUCCUUUUUUUCUGAACCUUUGUUUGUUUUCAGAAAACAGGAUUUGGCUCAGGAUUGCCCAUUUUUGUUAAUUCCAGGGUUUCUCUGAAUU